GUGAAGAAUAUUUUAAUUUAACACCUGUGGAAAAAUGGUCGUUUUCUGGAUAUCUUGAGGCGAUGCAGUCAUUUCUUAAUGUGGAUUUCGAAGUUAGUACAUUAAAGUCAAUCUGGAGGAAAAGGUUUAAUGAUCACCUCCGAGAGAUUUCAAGAAGUAAGAAUGAUAAUGAGAAGAAAAAUAGAAUCGCUUCAUUUCUCAUUAACCAGAAUUCAAAAGCGACACAAUUUUGGGAAAAAUUCAAAAAGAAAAAAAUGUUAAAGACUCGGCAGAAUAAUACGAAAGUAGAUAUUCAAGAAGAUGAAUCAGUCAGUGAGAUGGAAACUCUGAAUGCUAGCAGCAGUGAAGACAAUGACCGUAACAAUAUGAAACGUCAAAGUGACGACAGCCUUGAACAAAAAGAGGCAAAAUCCCGUAAAACCACGAUUGGAAUCCUUAGUGAAGCUUUUUAUGAUGAUGAUUGUUAUAACUUCUAUGAAGAUAAAGAAAAUAGUAAUCCGAACAAAGACAGAGUAGAUGAACAUGAAAAGGAGGAUGGCCAUAGUCAUGUUAAGAAUCUUUUCAACGAGCUACAGCGUUGUUCUGACAAAAUGACAAAUUUGGUGAAUAGUUUCCAAAGAUACUGUGAUGAAAAUAUCAACGAGUUGUGUCUCAACGAAAUAAUGGAUUUAAGUCCAACAUCAGAGUUCGUUAUAAUGUACACCGAUGAAGAUGAUUACAAUCAUGUUUUAAAGGAAAUGUUUGAACCAAUUGAUAAGUUAAUUCCCGAACAAGCAAUUAAUUUCUUGGAUAUCUUUUUUUCAGAGCGAAGCCAUGACUAUCAAAAAUGGAGUAAUAAGCUUGAAGAUUUACUUGAACCGGAAAGUGACCCAUUUCUAAAAAAAUUGAAGCGAUUUCUAUUUGAAACGUUGUCAAUCUAG